AUGAAGAUCUGGGACAAGGAACAGGAGUUACAAGCAGUUGUUGGAACCAUUGAAGAAGAAGAAGAAGAGGUAGCUCCUGCUGCAACGGGACAGGAAGAAACUUCUAUAGGGCAUCAAGAAAAGAAGUCAGAGGAACAUCUAGAAGAAGAGGAUCCUUCUGAGAAGAAUGAAGAAAAGGAGGCUCCUGUGGAGGAGUUCAAAGAAGAACAGGCUAUUGCUGAGGAGCCCCAAGAAGACCAGGCUCCUGCUGAGGAGCCCCAAGAAGAACAGACUCCCGCAGAGAAGCCCAAAGAAGAACAGGCUCCUGCUGAGGAGCCACAAGAAGAACAGGCUCCUGUUGAGGAGCCCAGAGAAGAACAGGCUCCUGCUGAGGAGCCUAGAGAAGAACAGGCUCCUGCUGAGGAGCCCAGAGAAGAACAGGCUCCUGCUGAGAAGCCUAGUGAAGAACAGGCUCCUGCUGAGGAGCCCCAAGAAGAACAGGCUCCUGCUGAGGAGCCCAGAGAAGAACACCAGGCUCCUGCUGUGGAGAAUGAAGAAGAUCAGGUUCCUGCUGAGGAUCAUGAAGAGGAGAUUCCAGCUGAAGAGGACAAAGAACAACAGGUUCCUGCUGAAGAGGUUAAAGAAGAGCAGGCUCUUGCUGAGGAGCAUAAAGAGCAGGAGGGUCCUCCUGCAGAACAUCAAGAAGGGGAUGCUUUUACUGAGCACCAAGAAAAGGAUGCUCCUUCUUUAGAAUAUCAGGAAGAAGAAGCGUAUGCAGCAGAAGAACACGAAGAAGCAGCUCUUCCUGCAGAGAUGGAAAGACCAGCCCUAAGAAGGGUGAAGAGGGCAAUUAUGAAAAGGCUGCAGAGAAUUUGGCAUUCCACCAGAAGAACCUUUUGCUGCCACCAUCAUCAUCCUGCUCCUUGAAUUAUUCCAUCAAUUUCUUUUUAUGUGUGUGUAUGGGUAAGUAUGGAUUUAGUUUGAAAAUGAUCCAGGGUUUAAAACCGACUGCCGUUUCUAGGAGUCAGGAAGGAAUUUUUUCCCUUCAGUGCAAAUUGGCCGAGCACCAGGGUUUUUGCCUUCCUUUGGAUCAUUUUCUGUAUGCAUGUGUUGAGGUUGUGUGUGUGUAAAGAGAGAUGGAUGCAUGUUUGGGUGUGUAGAGGGUGGGUGCUUGUG